AAUUAAGCAACUACAUCAGGACCUUUAUACUGUAAUACUGGAGUAGUACUACUACUUCCUCUACUACGCAGUAUUUCCAUGUAUUCCGCUGCCUUUGUCUUAGGUGACUGUGUUUUUAAGGCUCUCUCUCUGAAGGCUAUCUAAUCGGUCAGAUUUACUUCUUCCCAAAUGCCUCCAAAGAGAAGCUCUGGAUCAAGUUCAGGACAGCCGCAAGUGAAGAUGAUAAAGAUCGGCAGCCCUUUAGAUGUCCAGGAGUUCAGUGGGUCUGUGGAGGACAGAUACAGGAUGGCAGAGGAGUCCAGCCACUCCCCUCUUCCCACCAACGAACCUGAAACUUUUGACUUUGAUGAAGAACAUUUUGCAAGCCAAGGCAUCAGGACGGACACCGUCAGCCUCCUCAUGAAAAUAGAGCAGCUGCAGGCGCAGCUCAAAUACGAGCGGAGAUGCAGGAUCUUGGCUGAGAGAGAGUUGAGGGAACUCAAAGAGAUGAACACGCUCAUGAUACAGAUGAGGCACACAGCAAAUGAACUUCGAGUAACUCUGGAUCACGUUCUUCAUGGAAGUGAGGCUGGGGUCGAACCACAAAACACUGAUGAAGGCGUGACCUUCCUGAGCGAUUCCGGAGUUCAUGUUGGAGGAGUUCAUAAUAUCCCAGAGGAUGACCUUAACUUUGUGUAUCUUGCUGAGAAUAUACGAGUGCCAAAAGAUCUUUAUGAGCGUGUUGCAGACAUUUCUGACUUUAAGAAGUAUGUCGGCGCUCUGCUGAUGAUAAUUUUCGACCGAGACACUUUGGCCACUCACUGUCUGCAGGGCCGGAAGAACAACUUCACAGGAGAAGAUAGCCACAAGCCUCCUCUCCCACCUGAGAUCUUGAAAAGCUUAAUGGAUCAUGUUGCAGAAAAGUUUGGCGUCGACAUUACCCAGAUUAAAUAUGCCAUCCGCACAAAGCUGAACAACGAGGACAAGCUGCUGAAGAAGAGGUUGGGGUUGGUUAAAACUGAAAACAGAGCAUCUGUUGAUCAAACUUUCUGCCAAGAUGCUUCGAUUCUGUCUAGAAAUGAUGCAAUGGCAAAUGACUCUGUUUUCUAGUGGUGCUGAUCUGCCACUGUAUUACUGUCUAAUCUCAUUGUUGCCUUUUCUUUAACCAAGUUAAGUUUUUUCCCAUAUUAAGCUGCUUAUUUUUUCAAAACUUUAUAGGACACUUUUUAUUUUGACAACUCUGAGUUGAUUAUUUAGUGUCUGAAAAGCUGGUAACACUAUGAAAUGUCAUAUAUAUACCCAGGUUCCUAAACACAAGUGUGUCUGUUGCAGUGAUUGUUUUUGUAAGUGGUGGUAGCGUAGAAACAGAAUAACAUGUAACCUCUCAGUCAAGUGUAUGUUGUAUGUAUACACAAGGUACAUUUCAAACUGUUAUUUGUGAUGAUCUGUGCGAAAACUCUCUGUUGAAGGCGAUGUUGUGUUUUUGAGUUUUGUGUUCACAGUUUCAGAUGAUAAUUUAAGUGGAAGUCUUUUUAUAAUUAUGUCAGUAGAAUAAAAUCCAGUAUAUUCUC